GCAGCACGCAGUCCGGCGAGUACCGCGCGGCGCUGUAGAUUCGAUUUUCGACCGGUGAUCGCGACGGACAGGCUUUUAUAACAAUAUUAAUCAUUAUCAGUAGUGUACCUUUUCAUUACUUUAAUCUUCAUCUAUCUAUUUUCACUGUUAUUCAUUCGUUUUCUUUCGUUCGAUUUUUUUUUUUUGAUUUUUAUUAAAAUACACCUAAUCGAUUUUUCUCAACGUCCGCGAACGAAAUUAUAGUAAAUUAGUAAAUAAUAACUUUGUAUUUUACUAUCGUGUUUGGAUUUUUAUCCGUCCACGGCGACUUAUGCGAUUUUAUUUACGAACGUUGCUCCAAUAAUAUUGUGAUAAUCUUACAAUUUUAAUAACUUCGUGCGUUUGUAUUACCCGGCCGCUACACAUUUCAUCCGAGUGUAUAUUAUACAUAAAUACAAUUUACAUCCACCGUAAAUCGCAAUAUUCCAAAUAUAAUAUAUAUAUCACAUUAUUGAGUCACGGCGCUCCGCAGCGGGCAUGGAUUGCAAGAGUUUAACCAUUAGAAAAGCUCCGCACACGUUGCAGUAGAUAGGUCAAGCGAUGGGCCUCGAUGGGGCCAAGGCGUUAAUAGUUUUUAUUCUUUACGCGUUGAGGCUUCAACAGAAGGCUCAAGCGGACAUCAAAGUGGGUAACGCCAUCAACGUGUUCAAUCGUUAUGGAUACUUUAGUAUAAGUAUGAGAGUGGUCCCCAGAAAUGACACCGAUCAUUCGUGGAUAUUCAGAGAACCCACAGUCGAUGUGUUUACGAAUCUGCCGGAAAAACAAAGUCUCAAGAGAAGCAUCGGAGGUGGUGGAGGUCAAGUAUUCCAAGGGGACUUCCACAUGGAAUUUUGUGAUAACGUAAAACAAUUAUUGCAAGCUUACUUUAGAGAUUUUUCCGUAGAGAGGCUGGACAAGCCGUGGCAGGCGUUUACGGGUAGCUGGUCGAAAUUCACGUUGGCCAGAAAUUUAGGUUUAGACGUGUCUUAUGUAACCGGCGAUCAUUGUUAUGUUCUCGUCAGGGUGGCUAGGCAUAGGGAGACUGCCGAUUUAGAAAUGGAUAUGGAGAGCACCGACCUUCACGAGCCAGUGGCCAAACAGGUGGCCUCUGUUAAUGUCGGCGAUAGUUUGUCGGUCAUUGAAUUCGUCAGGAGUUUUGGAUCUCAUUACGUGACGUCAUAUGUCACAGGCAAUUCUCUCUAUCAGGUGUAUGUAUACGCUCCAAACGCUUACAAAGUAAUUAAAGAACGUUUAAAAGCAAAAGGCGUGUCACAGAUCUCUAAUCAAGAGUUAAUUGGAUACUUCUCACCGUGGUACGCAGAACAUGUGGGUAAAAUACAAUCAGCCAGUGGUAAUGCAACUGUUGAAAAUUGGGCACACCAAAGACUAAGAGUGAAAUUUUUCGUCUUUGGUUUUGCCUCUUUGCUGAAAUUGCAUGGAGACACGAAACUGUUGAGUGAACUGAAUGGAAUGUUAGGCAAUGAAGCAUUACUCAAGCUCGACUUAAAAACCUUGGCGCCGGCUUUUAAGGACAUUCAAAAACGUGCUUGGUUCCACGAAGUAAUGGAUAAUAAUUUAAAACUAUGGGAAGUUAAUAUGUAAUAAAAAAAAAUUCCUAUAAAACCCAAUACUACAGUGUAUUUAUUAUAGUAGUUUUACUAAUUUUUUUAAGGUAAGUACCUCCACCUUUUCGCUCAAAUGCCAAAUACUAAAUGUACCUAAAAUCAUUACCUAUAUAAUAUACCAUUUUAGUAUGUUUUCUUGUUGAGCAACUAGUAUUGUAUUAUAAAUAAUUAUUGAU